UGUUUUAAUGGAAAUGUGUGUGUGUGGCCCGGGCCAUGGCCUUCUACUAAUAAAACUGAACGACGCGUUGUUAUUGUUUUUGUCGUUUAUUGUUGUCGCGAAUAGUAUGCUGUAGACUGCCAACCGGUAGUACAAUCAAUUGCUCAUAAAUAGUUAUCAAUGGUAGCGCUUGAUUAUUUGUCUAAGCAUUACACAGUGAAUUUCAAGAUUGUGAUAACUAGAUGACGUCGUCCGAGGAACGCCCGCAUUUCAGUUUCUCGAGCAGACGCGAAUUGUUAAUACCUUUAACGCUUUGCAAAGUGAAGUUCAUAAAUGUUUACGCGCCUAAAUAAAACACUUGAUAAGGCAACGCCAACAGCAGCUGCACGUUUUGUUUACCCCGCAGUCAAAGCGUUGAAAGUGGUCGUCGUAUAAUGCAUUUGCGUUAUUCUAUUGGAGAUUGAAAACGUGGCACGCUGACGCCAAGUUAGCAAUAACAAUAACAACAGGGAAACAAACAAAAAGCUGCAUUUAAAAAAUAGAGAGUGAAAGAGAGACAAUUAAAGGAUAAAGCAACCACUGGGAAUUGUUUGAACGCUGUAAAGAAGUCAAAGAAGAUUUUUAUAAAUGUUUCGCAAAAAGCAAAAAAAGUCACACCUGUAUUAACUAAAACUUGCGCUCGCUUCCACUCUCUCUCUAGCUCGCUCUCUAUUCACCUCUCUUAGACUCAGACACACACACAUACGCAAUCAAAGAAGCUCUCUUACGCCAUGACUGAUAACGAGCUGCCUUCGACGCUACGUGACUUCGACGAAGAGAGCGAAGAGACUGAUUCAGAAACUGAAUUGCUCAUACGACACACAGGCAGCAACAUCGACGCUGUCAUCGCUAACAGCAACAACAAAAGCAAUAGCAAGUACAACAACAACAGCAACCAGAGACGACGCAAAAGCUCAACUGGUUACAGCGGCAUUGGCGGCAUUGUUAGCCCCUCUAAUAACGGCGGCAGCGCCAACACUUUUCUGGGCAAUCUAUUCAGUCUUGGCUCAGCCGCCGGCCAGAUACGUUAUAGAAAUGAGCGGAGUCGCGAGCGCGCCAAAUACUCAAAUAGCAACAACAGCGGCAGUGCAUCGCGAGACAUUACGUCGACGGGUGGCGCUAGUGCAACGAAACUGGCGCAACUAACAAAAACGGGCGCCAGCGGCGUCGAUAGCUCCGCGUCGCAUGCGACAACAGCAAAUGUCACCGCCUCCUCCGCCUCAGCCUCAGCCGCCGACACUGCAGGCAACGCAUCGAACGGUAUUGGCGCGCAUACGGUGAUCGAUCCCGAGAACGGCUCUUCCACGGUAUUCUAUCAAAACAACAGACGUCGCAGCAAGAGUCGCAGCAUCUCCAAUGUCUGUAAAAUGUGUCUCUGCAGUUGUUGGAAAAAAUGGUUCAGGCCCCGCGAGUUGAGAGCUCGUAACGUCAACUUGGGCAGGCCAAACACUGAGAAGUUUCCUCCCAAUGAGAUUCGCAAUCAGAAGUACAAUUUUAUAACGUUCCUGCCAUUGGUGCUGUUCGAGCAGUUUCGCUUUUUUCUCAAUCUGUACUUUCUGUUAAUGGCGCUGUCCCAGUUCAUACCAGAUAUCCGCAUCGGCUAUCCCUACACUUACUGGGGUCCACUUGGUUUUGUGCUGAUGGUAACAAUUUGCCGUGAGGCAGUCGACGAUCUUCGACGUCAUCAGCGGGAUCACGAGGUCAAUUCCCAAAAAUAUAAAAGGCUGUCAGCAACACAUGGCAAUGGCUAUGAAAUGGUGCCCAGCUCUAAGUUAAAAGUGGGCGAUGUUAUUAUUGUGGAGAAAAACGAGCGAGUUCCCGCUGAUCUUAUUCUGUUACGGACUAGCGACCGGAGUGGAUCGGUCUUUGUGCGUACCGAUCAAUUGGAUGGUGAGACGGAUUGGAAACCCCGAUUGGCGGUGCCUUACACACAGAAACUUAGUAGGGACGCGGAUCUAUAUAAUAUCGAUGCUAGCUUCUAUGUGGAGAAGCCACAGAAUGACAUUCACAGCUUCAUUGCUACGUUCUGCAUGACGGAUGGUAGCGAAGACACUGGACUUAGUGUGGAGAACACGCUGUGGGCUAACACAGUUGUUGCUGCCGGCACCGCCACUGGCAUUGUUAUCUACACUGGAUGUGAGACACGCAGCGUCAUGAAUAACUCUCAGCCACGCUCUAAGGUGGGAUUGCUAGACACAGAGAUCAAUGGAUUGACCAAGGUGUUAUUCUGUGCAGUACUGGGACUCUCGCUGGUCAUGAUGAUGCUGAAGGGAUUCGGUGGUCCUUGGUAUCGCUACAUGUUCCGAUUUGUGUUACUCUUCUCUUACAUUAUACCGAUCAGUUUGCGUGUGAAUCUCGAUAUGGGCAAGGCUUUCUACUCGUGGCAAAUGCAAAACGAUGACAACAUUAAAGGCACUGUGGUGCGAUCAACGACAAUACCAGAGGAGCUGGGACGCAUCUCAUAUGUGUUGACGGAUAAGACAGGCACUUUAACACAAAAUGAAAUGGUUUUCAAAAAGAUACAUUUGGGUAUCGUGUCACAUGACGCGGAUACCUUUCAUCAUAUUGGGCAGAUGAUACAAAAGUUAUCGGGUAAUAUACUGCAGCAGCAACAACAGCAAGGCAGCCUAUCGAGCUCAAGCAGUGCGGGCGAAAAUAAACCGAUUAUGUUUGCUGGCAAUCGUAUGCGUCGUCCCGAGGGAUGGCGCGAAUGGGAGGCAGUGCGUGCUCUGGCGCUGUGUCACAAUGUGACGCCGGUAAGCGACGAGGAGGACAAUCGUUCAGUGUCAACCGCUUCAACGGUAACUGGUGGCAAUAAUUCACCUACCAAAUCUGUGAUAAAUAUUGAGGCUCCUGGCAGUACAGACACGGAGCAUCAGUAUCAGGCCGCCUCACCCGAUGAGAUUGCGUUGGUUAAGUGGACCGAGCAGGUUGGUCUAACUCUAAUAGCUCGCGAUCUUAACACUAUGACGCUGCAAGUGAAGACUGCCAGUGAUGAGAAUGACAUCCUGCUUCACUAUCAGAUUCUGCAGCUUUUUCCCUUUACGAGCGAGAGCAAGCGCAUGGGGAUAAUUGUGCGUGAAAGCAAGACGGGCCAGAUAACCUUCUACUUAAAGGGCGCCGAUGUGGUCAUGUCCACCAUUGUUCAGUACAACGACUGGCUAAGCGAGGAAUCAGGCAAUAUGGCUCGUGAGGGUCUUCGGACGCUUGUCGUCGCCAAAAAGGUGCUUACCGAAGAACAGUACAACGAUUUCGAGAUGCGAUACAAUGCAGCUCGCCUGAGCAUUACGGAUCGCGUGGCCAAAGUAACCGCAGUCACAGAGUCGCUGGAACGUGAAAUGGAACUUUUGUGUCUCACCGGUGUAGAAGAUCGGCUGCAGGAGAAUGUAAGACCUACCUUGGAGCUUUUACGCAAUGCGGGUGUACGCGUCUGGAUGCUGACAGGCGACAAGUUGGAGACAGCUUGCUGCAUUGCCAAAUCGUCACAAUUAAUUGGACGCAACCAGGGUCUCUAUGUGCUGCGCUCAGUAAAGACACGCACAGAGGCGCAUCAAGAGCUUAAUCACUUUCGUCGCAAACAGGGUCAUGCUCUGGUUAUAUCUGGCGAAUCACUAGAGGUAUGCCUGCAGUAUUAUCGGCUCGAGUUUCUGGAGCUGGCAACUGCCUCGCCGGCGGUCGUAUGUUGCCGUUGCUCGCCCACCCAAAAAGCCCAAGUGGUGGCGCUCAUCCAGAAACACACCCGCAAGCGCACAUGUGCUGUGGGCGAUGGGGGUAAUGAUGUAAGCAUGAUUCAGCAGGCAGAUGCUGGAGUUGGCAUCGAGGGACGUGAAGGUCGUCAGGCUUCGCUCGCAGGAGACUUUAGCAUUCCUCAGUUCUCACACAUUGCCAAGCUGUUACUGAUCCACGGGCGGCGCAGCUACAAACGCUCUGCAGCCCUUUCCCAGUUCGUUAUACACCGUGGACUAAUAAUUACAACAUUGCAAGCAGUUUUCUCGGCUGUGUUCUAUCUGAGCUCGGUGGCCCUUUAUCAGGGCUUCUUAAUGGUCGGUUAUUCCACACUGUACACCAUGUUUCCUGUGUUUUCAUUGGUACUGGAUCAGGACAUUACCUCGGAGACUGCUGUCACAUAUCCGGAGCUAUACAAAGAUCUAUCAAAGGGACGUAGUCUCAGUUAUAAGACCUUCUUCAUUUGGGUAUUGAUCAGCAUUUACCAGGGAGGAGUCAUCAUGUACGGUGCGCUCAUACUAUUUGUGGAUGAGUUUAUACACAUUGUGGCUAUCAGUUUCUCAGCUCUAAUUAUGACUGAGCUCAUCAUGGUUGCGCUAACAGUACGCACCUGGCACAGGCUUAUGGUCUUGGCGGAACUAUUCAGUUUGGCGCUUUAUCUAAUCUCGCUGGCUGUCUUGCAUGAAUAUUUUGACUGGGAAUUUAUCUGGUCUUACGACUUCCUCUGGAAAGUAUCGCUCAUCACAGUCGUCUCCUGCUUACCUCUGUAUAUAAUCAAAUUUUUGCGCAAGAAAUGCUCGCCCCCAUCCUAUUUAAAACUCUCUUAGACGUGGAAAUGGCCGUGCAAUCCUCGAACUUUUGGUUAUUGAAAGAAUAUCUACACUUUCGUAAAUUAUUUUGCACAGUUCUUAUGUUGUUUUGUCCAAGUUCUGCCAACCACUCAACAAACCCCAUGCGUGAUAUAAAGUGUAAUUACUUACCUUUUGCUAUCUCUCCCAUCAUGUUUUAUUUGUACAAUUUGUUAAACUACGCAAAAGUGAAAUGAAAGUGAUUUGUAUACACAUUUAAAUGAUGAUUAAUGUUUAAGUCGCAAUAAACCAAAUUAUGUUACUAAUUAUUUAAUGAUAAAGUAAAUGUAUCUAUGACUAAACCUGAAAUCAAUUAUAAAUGUAUGAAAAAAAUCGACAAAUAGAUUUUGUAUUAAGUAUUAGAAAUCACAACAUAUUAAUAAAUACAUCUAUGAUAACAAUAAAUAA